AGAAGGCGGAGCUUCAGACACCCUGCUGUUCAACUCGAUCCUGGACCCGGACCCGGACUGGACCCGGACCUGGACCUGGACCCGGACCCGGACCAGGACCAGGACCAGGACCAGGCUGCUGCUGCGGCUGACAGUGUUAUCCGGUGGUAGCUAGCUGGUUAUCGGUGGUAGCUAGCUGGUAUCCGGUGGUAGCUAGCUGGUUACUACGGUUUCGUGCGGCUCCGGAGCCUGCUGCCUGUCCCGGCGGCCCGUCGCUCGCUCCUCCCGGGCUGUGGAGAUGGAAGAGGCGGACGUGGAGCCUCCACAGCCUCUGGAUGUGCCCCGCGGACACGGUCGGAGCGGCCGCUGGAGGAGCUGGGCAGCGUUCUGGAUCUUAGGACUGUGCAAUAACUUUGGUUAUGUGGUGAUGCUGAGUGCUGCUCACGACAUCCUGAAACAGCAGGGCUCCGAGAACACCACCCAGGCUGUAAGGAAGCCACAGUGUGUGUGAGUGUGUGUGUGUACAGCUCCGAACAGCAGCAGCUACGACUGCAACCCGGUGUCCACUGCGGCUGUGCUGUUGGCUGACAUCCUCCCCACGCUGCUCAUCAAGCUGGUCGCCCCCUUCGUGGUUGAUGCAGUGCCUUAUGGAGUGCGUGUGCUGCUGUGCGUCCUGAUGGCGGCCGUCAGUUUCGUCCUCAUGUCCUUGUCCUCGGCCGUGUGGACGAGUCUCCUGGGGGUGGUCUUUGCCAGUGUGAGUGCAGGACUAGGAGAGCUGUCCUUCCUGUCUCUCACCGUCUUCUUCAGCAGGGACGUGGUGGGAGCGUGGGGCUCGGGGACGGGCGGAGCGGGUGUGGCCGGAGCGCUGUCGUACUCGGGCCUGGUCCAGGCGGGUCUGUCCCCCCGGCUCACCCUGCAGCUCAUGCUGGUGGUCCCUCUGGGGAUGCUGCUCAGCUACUUCUUCCUGCUGGCGUCUCCGCCGGGGUUCCGUCAGUGGACGAGCAGGCAGCCUGAGUACGAAGCCGUGUCCUCCGCGGACAGACAGAGGCUGCUGGACGAGGAGGAGGAGGAGUCUGUCCACGCAGGACAGCGGAGCGGCGGACCGCUGAGCCUCUCAGAGAAAGUCCUGGUCAUCAGAGGUCUGCUGAAGUUCGUCGUCCCCCUGGGCCUGGUCUACUUCGCUGAGUACUUCAUCAACCAGGGUUUGAUGGAGCUGCUCUUCUUCCAGCACUUCUUCCUGUCCCACGCCGAGCAGUACCGCUGGUACCAGACAUUGUACCAGGUGGGUGUGCUGCUGUCCCGCUCGUCCCUCUGCUGUGUGAAGAUCCGGAGACUGUGGCUGCUGGCGCUGCUGCAGGGGCUGAACGCAGCGUUCCUCUUCCUGGCCGUGCUGUACCGCUUCCUGCCCAGCGCCUGGCUGAUGCUGGGCAUCGUGCUGUACGAGGGGCUGCUGGGAGGAGCCGCCUACGUCAACACCUUCUACUUCAUCAGCAAGGAGACUGACGGCAGGCACCGGGAGUUCGCCAUGGCCGCCGCCAGCGUCGGGGACAGCCUGGGCAUCGCCCUGGCCGGGCUGGCAGCCUUCCCCGUGCACCGCUACUUCUGCUCCCUGUGACGGCGAGGGAACGUUCGCCGGAGGGACCGCACCGGGGGGACCGCACCGGGGGGACCGCACCGGGGGGACCGCACCGGGGGAGCCUCCCUGUGACCCGGUCUGCACUGACACUGACCUUUGACCUCCAGGAGAAGACUUCCUGUGACUCUGUGCCUUAAAAUCUGCUGGAAAGAGGGUUGAAAUGACGGCUGCUGGUACUUUUAAUGAUUCCUCUACUCUUUUUCAUGUUUGUACACACCGGAGCGUUCUGCUGAUUUGAUGUUUUAGGGCCUGAAGGCUCAUUUGAUUUGUUGCAGCUGUUGCAGAACUGCAGAUUGACGGAUGAACAGUUGCUAGUUUGAAAACCACCGAUUUUACUGAAAUGUGUUUUAAUGACAGUACAGAGAGAUAACAGCUGCUGUGUCCACAACGCCCGAGUUCAGACUGCUGUGGUGCUGGGUGGUGCAGGGUGCAGCCUGAGGCUCCACCCACAUGAGCUCCACCCUAACGCCUCCAUCUGUAAACACGGUUCUCUGCUGGUGCCUGACGCUUCGCUUCAAAAGCUGUUUUAAUAACUUGGUGAUGUGUGUUUAAAAAGAGGUAGGUGUGUGUGUGUGUGUGUGUGUGUGUUUCUAAUAGAGCGGUGGACAUGUGAUCUGUGUCGCUGUCAUGUCCUCCGCCUCAGCCGUCACACAGGAGCAGCAUUGCCCUGUUUCUUCUCCUUCCCCCUCCCUUUCUGUUCCUCAGGUGGGCGUGUGUCUCGGCGUGUGUCUCGGCGUGUGUCUCGGCGUGUGUCUCGGCGUGUGUCUCGGCGUGUGUCUCGGCGUGUGUGGGCAGGAGCGGCUGGUCCAGUGCAGUCAGCUGAUGAGCUUCACCUGUGGCAGAGUGGCCUGAUCGCCUACACCUGGUCUUCCCCCUAUCUCACCGGGCUGGGGGAGCCACUCGAUGCCGGACUGUCUUUUCGCCACAUCUGCAGCCGCCUCUGUGCCGCCUGCUCCCACCUGGGAGAACAGCACGGGAGCUCAGCUCACAGCCAGCCUCAGCCAGCUCUCCAGACCGCUCCCGUGACCCACCUUGACCCACCUUGACCGCCCAGCGCUCUGCUCGACGCCUUCUGGGAACCGUCCUCCCCUCUGCUGCUCUACUGGGAACUCUGUGAAGCUCUUCUGGUGGAUUACUCCCGUUGGAGUGGACUGCUGCUCUUAAGAUUUGUUUGAAUAAACCUCAUCCUAACCUGCUAUUCUGCUUCUGCUUGCUUUCCUGCGCUUGGGCCUCAGAGCCACGCCUCGUAACAGUCGCGUCUGAAUGGCUUCAUCAUGGCGGACGGCGUCCAGCCGGAUUUCACUCCUCACAGCGGACACGCUGACCUUCCUGGUAGUUGGACCGACGUCGACCGACUGAAUCAUCUUGCGGGAUCCAGCAGAGGUCAGAGGUCAACGGACUGGAUUAGAGAAGAUAGCAGGAUGACGAGAAGUCAAAGAACCUCAGGAUCCAACCGGCAGCAAGCUGAUGGAGACCACCAAGGACUGGAUUUGGAGGAGAUUCUUCAUGAAGUCAGCUGAGUGUUGAAGCUCCACAGUCUACCUGGGGACUGUGGGGCCCAUGUCCAUCACUCUAUCUUCUGAUGGAGGCUUCCAGCUGGACAACAAAGCAGCUCCCGAAGUUCAAACCAUGUCCAAAUGGUUUCUGGAACGUGAGGAUGAGUUUGCUGGACUCUUAAGACCUCCACAGUCCCUGAUCUGGGUCUGGGUCCAGCAGAGGAACAGGACUCGCAUCAUGUUCGGACCACAAAUCUGCAGUAACUCUGACAAGCGAUCAUUUCAAUGUGGACCAGAACGUCUGAAGAGCGAUUUCAGAACCUUCCUGCACCUGUGACUCCACUAAUAACAGUUAUGAUCGGAUCAAAUCAAACUUUAUUGAUGAAGGUCUUUUCAUACAAAACAAUAACAAAGUGUUUUACAGUUGAAAAUGAAUCCCCAGAGCCCACCUGACCACCCACACCCCACAGAAACCCCUUCAUUCAUCACCCACACCCCUCACCCCCAACACACACACAUGGGCCAGACUCUAUGUUCUCUAAAUGAUGAAGAGCUAUUGUUUGUGAUGUUCCUAAUAUUUGGAAUAGAAGUCUAGCCAGAGUCAAAGGUUACACCCAGGUUUGUACAUGAGGGGAAGGAUUCAGGGACACUUCCUGUAGCGAGAGUCACAUCUGUUCAGGUG